AUGUCAUCUACCGGAGAGACCUACAAGCCAACUGAGCACGGUGGACUGAAGGAGGACGGAACUCCAGACAAGCGUGUCGGCACUGGACAGUUCGCUCAAGGAAAGGUCGACCCUCAUGAGGCUGGAAAGUCUGGAGGAGCAACCUCUGGCACUGGAAAUGCUAGCUCAGGAUCAACUGGCGGUUCCACCGGCGGCUCUGAUGCCUCUGGAGGCAACUACAAGCCAACCGAGCACGGUGGAUUGAAGGAGGAUGGUACCGUAGAUGGACGUGUUAAGCAGUAG